AUGCACUCUCUGUGGAAUCUUUAUCUUCUUCUCCCCCUCUCCUCACUUCAUCUCAUAGCUGGAGAAAAUGUCAAGGAUGCACAACAACCAGAUAUGGGGGCUGAGGAUGUUGACUUCCUGGGUCUGCCUGUGAGUUGGCCCCUAUCUUCAUCUGAGGAAUCCGAUAGACAAGGUGUGAUUGGUGAAUACAUUGAUUUACAGGAGAGCACAGAGACAUCUCUUUUGUAUUCUAAUGAGAAAGGACUUAUCAUAUCCAGACCUUCGGACACAGAAGAUGAGACCAAGGAGAGAAGACAACCAACAAGGUCAUCAGCAGGAGGAGCAUCACCUCGACCCACCCUGGAACAAACAUUUAAGUAUCAGCCAGCUGAGACAAAUACUCGAUCCAUAUUGCAUUCUACACAGACAGGAGAGAAUCAGCCAACUUUCCCAGCCUCUCAGAAUGAGACGACUGAUGGACAGUUACCUUUUCUUCUCUUUGGCUCAUUUCCAUCGGUACCGGACUCCGAUUCACCGCUAUCUGCUGGACCUGGACCCAGCCCUGAGCACCCCACUCCACCAGCAGCCAUUUGGGGACAAACCAAAGAUCCUCCUGUGUUAAUGGAGGAAGGGACAAAGGAGAGCACAGUCCAAAUGAAAGAGACAGGAGAAAGACUGAUUGAUAUUACGGGCGAUAUUUUACACGGAGGAGCUGGAAGCAUGGGGGCAGAUAAAGAUGACUCCAAGGAUGAUGACCCGCCUAUCCCAAAGAUCAGUGGCACACUCUUGCUUGAUGAUAACACAGACACAGCUGCCACACCCUGCAAAACAUCAAGCCAGUCCCUGACUCCCACCUACUCAGAUGACUUUAUCCCCGACGAGUCCCUGCGCCCCGAUCUGACUCUCAGCUCUGCCCUUUUCAUCCCUCUGUAUUCGGACUGGAACUCUGCCCUCGCCACAUGGGGAUUUGCGUGGGAAGCACACGUCUAUGGCCUGGGGUCUAUCUUUACUGUAUUUGGCCUAAUCUCUGUGGUCUGCCUGUUAGGCCUGCCCCUGCGGUGUCCCCCGGGAAGCCCCUACUUCACCCUGCUGCAUUUGUUCCUUCUAGCGUUUGCAGGGAUCCAAGCUUUCUGUUUGCUCUAUGAUGCUUACAAUCACCAAGAUCGUCUUCCCCCUCUGGGUUCUCUGCUGCUCUCUGAGCUGCCCUUUCCCUGCUUGAUUUCAGCCUUCUCUCUUGCCUUCAUCCUUCUUUCCUUACGCUCACGCAUGCAUCUUUCAUUCCCACUUGCUAAUUCCAGAUCGCUCUCAGCCUUGCCCAAACCUUGUCUGUUACUUUGUAUGUCCAUGCUGUAUUCUGGGGUCUCUCUAGGGUGUGUUGGCAUGCUCGAGCUCUUCCACAGCCUCCCCUCAGUGAUCCUGCUAUUUCCUCAGGGUGUGUUUGUAUGCCUCACCAUCUUCCUCUCAUGCUCCUACCUCACCUUCUACUGCUUGAUGCAGUUCGACACUAAACACAUCUACCGGCUGAAUGACAAUGGAGAAAGUGGAGGAUCUCCUGCCGUUAUGCCGCCUGCGCGUUGCCCCUUUGCCAAAGUGGAGGACUGGGGUAGGGCAGCAGGAGCCGGAGUAGGGGCUUCGUUGUGUUUGUUAGGGUGUGGAGGCCUCCAGUUUUAUGGGAUCCUGCAUGCCCUUGGUUUUGGUGGGGUUGAUGGCUAUGGGUUCCAACCCUGGCCCUGGUGGGGCUACCAGUUAGGCUGCAGGCUCUGUGAGAUUGGGGUGUGUCUAGGUUUGUCUCUCAUUGGUUCGCACCCUCUAUUCUGUCCAAACAACUCUUCUAUCAAGACCAUAACCAAUCCCCGGCCAGGAUCUUGGUCCCGCCUCUCCUGUAGCUCCCCUUCACGAGGGCUCACCCUGCCCUCUCAGGGAGCUGCAGAUUCUCCUGUCCUCUCCUCUCACGAAUCUUGGUCCCAUGGUAAGCAGGAAAAGGUGGUGGUCUGUGAUGUCAUAACGAAGGGACAGUCCGAGGCUCUUCCUCUUUUCUCAAUGGCGGAUCCUCCUGGGAAUGGGCUUGUCCCCAAAUCCAGCCAAACCCAAAACACUUUACUACCACUCCCUAGACCCCCAAGCCCACCGCACAGGCCUAAAAAUGCAGUUGAGUUUCAGCUAUCAUUAUUGGAUAGCCUAGGAAUGGAGACUGACUCAACUGUGGAUCUGCAGCCCCCAUCUCCCAUUGACCUGUCCCGCAGCAUUGACCAGGCUCUGUUCAAUGAAUCCUUAUUCUCUCACAGUAUCUUUGGUUUGCCAAGACUCGUCCAUGCUUCUUCCAGCCUCUCUUUGAGCUCUCCUAGCCAGGGGGCAUCACAGCAAGGGCCUAGCUCUAUGGAUAAUGCCCUAUACCGAACCUCUUCUUGUGGUGACGUGGAGCAAGACACAGCCCUGUCCAAUUUAAGACCUUCCCAGCCGCAUAGUUCUUUGACAUCUCACAGCAAGCCAGCAAUGUCACAAGACCAAUGGGAUUGGAAAGAGAGCGUCUCUGGUUCAACACUGGGCCUGUGCAGCAAUCCCAAAGAGACAGAAAAGCUGCGCUCACAUUCCUGGGCCAACAGAGGUCAAAACUUUGCUCAGAGUAGCCUCCCCCGAGCAAUACCUCACCUAUCAUACCACCGGCGUUAUCGAACCCUGAGCUUGGCCUCCCAGGACAGUCGUGGAUCUGGCCGGCUGGCAGGGACUAAACACCUGAGUGAGAGCAAACAGCUGGAAUGGGAUCUGGCUGUACAGGCGGAGUUUGUCAACGUGUGCAGACAAAUUGACACCCUGAGUGUUUGCAGUGACACCAUUGACUUGUAG